UGGAGCCCCACAACAACAACAAAAGAGCAGCAGUCGGGGACGAGGAGGAAGCUGCUGCGUACUGUGUUUGUCGAUGUACAGUCCCUAAAUUGUUUUUGUAGUUUAUUUCUUCUGCGAAGAAACCUCAAGUUUUUCUAUUUUUCGAAAAGUAACUCAUCUACCUCCUGUUUAAGGAUUUUAAUCACGAUUUUAACGCGUUUACAUCUUCUUCUGCCGCAGGACUUUUUGUACUUUGCACUAAUCGAUCCUGACAUUGAGCAAUGUCCAUCCUGCCUCUCCUGGCCCUCAGAUGAUCCAUGACCACAACUUAUUGAUGCACUUUAGCACCUUUCUGGAGCCUCUCCCGCUGUGAACUCCACAACUGAUGACCAAAGUGCCUGCCGCACCUCCCCGCUGUCGCCUGGAGCUGUGCGCCUCCCCUCACCUUUCCCUCUGCCUCACGCACCUGUGGGACGUCCCAGGAUGUUCCAGAGGUUCACCAGUGCUCUGUUUGGGGAUGACAUGGAGGAGCUGAGUCAAUGCAGCAGACCUGGAGACAGCAAAGGGGAGGAGGAAGAGGAGGACUGGAUCCUGGUGAACUACCUGGCUGAAGCCUGCUCCGGUCAGCGUGGCGACGGACUUUCUGGAUCCACUGUCAACCCCCAGGAAGAGGAAGAGGAGGAGGAUGAAUUGGUGAUGAUCCCCUCCCCUGUGGCCAGCCCCCCCAUCCGUUACGCCUCCUGCACCUCCCUCAACUCCACAGCUGACACUGACCCAGAUGGUGGUGCAGAGGAGGAUGAAGAGGAUGAUGAGGAGGAGAGUGGGUUUCUGCGUGUGGACGCCUGCUCUCUGGAGGAGAGCUGGUUCGUCACCCCCCCGCCCUGCUUCACCGGCCGUGGCAGCCAACCCAUCCUCCUGGAGACCAGCCCUCUGGAGAACCUUCUGAUUGAACACCCCAGCAUGUCUGUCUACGCCCACCACAGUCCCCCUCGAAUCGCCCUCGAUCCCCUACCGCGAUCCCUGGACCUGGACCUGGGGCUGUUGUCUGAAAACAUGCCCGCAGCCCCAGGUGGGAAGGAGAAGGCUAGACGCACCCUGGAUGGCCCUCGUCACAGGCAGGAUGUGGCAGUGGUCCAGCGUCGCUCCAGCCUCCACUCCUCCUGCUAUGCUGCAGGGCUCUCCACCCGGUCCAGCCUCCUACAGCAGCGGAGGGUUGGGGAGGUGGCCCAGCUCCCCCCCAGCCUCCACUCCUCCUGCUAUGCUGCAGGGCUCUCCACCCGUUCCAGCCUCCUACAGCAGCGGCCAGUUAACGCCACCCAGCGCACCCAACCGCUGUCCCGCAAUGCCCUGCGACGGCUCAACCUGCUGCACCCCCCGAAGGUCAACACCACACACCUGCACCAGCCCAGCCAGAGACAUCUCAACUUUUGA